UAAUCCGCAGCGUAGGGGCACCGGAGGACGGCUGCAUCCGAGCCGCUCGCUCGGCCUCCCGGAGGAUUGCCGGAGACAGCGGCCUUGUCGGCGAGGGGAGACCGGUAAAUCUCAAGCUCUUAAAGCUGAGGGGAGCCGAGCCGAGCGGAAGGGGCGGCUGCGGCUCAUCGCGGUUCCGUUCUGCCUCUUGCGGAGAGAGCGCGUUAGUCACCAAGAGCGGCCGAGCGAGUGGAGGCCGAGGGCCCGCGAAACUCUCCCCGAUAACCCUGCGACCUGGUGCCAUCGGCCUUCGGCUCUCCUGCUCAUGUCCCGUCUCAGGAGGAAAGAUAGAGACCGAGACCGUGACAAAGAUUAUGAUCGUUCAAAGGACCGAGAUCGGGACAGGGACCGAGACCGAGAUAGGGACCGAGACAAAGACUCAAGGAACUCAUCUAAUCCAGCUUUAACAACAGGAGGUGGCAUGCCCCUCAUUACAACUCCGGCACUUCACCAGCAGGCUAUCAAUCCAUUUACCAACUUGCCCCACACUCCACGCUAUUAUGAGAUCCUGAAGAAGAGACUUCAGCUGCCUGUGUGGGAUUACAAGGAAAGGUUCACUGAAAUCCUGACCAAACACCAGUCCUUUGUACUGGUUGGUGAGACUGGCUCCGGAAAGACAACACAGAUUCCUCAGUGGUGCGUUGAUUAUGUGCGGGCAGUGGUGGGACCCAAACGUGGUGUGGCCUGUACCCAACCUAGGAGGGUGGCUGCCAUGAGCGUGGCUCAGCGGGUAGCUGAUGAAAUGGAUGUGAUGCUAGGCCAAGAGGUUGGAUACUCCAUUAGAUUUGAAGACUGCAGCAGUGCAAAAACAUGUCUGAAAUAUAUGACUGAUGGUAUGUUGCUUCGAGAAGCUAUGAAUGACCCUCUACUAGAGCGAUAUGGUGUAAUCAUCCUUGACGAGGCUCAUGAGCGUACACUAGCAACAGAUAUUCUUAUGGGUGUAUUAAAAGAAGUUGUGAAGCAAAGAUCAGAUUUGAAGAUUAUCAUCAUGAGUGCCACACUUGAUGCAGGCAAGUUUCAAGUCUACUUUGAUAGUUGCCCACUGCUUACCAUUCCUGGCCGUACACAUCCUGUAGAAAUAUUCUAUACCCCGGAACCGGAGAGGGAUUAUCUAGAGUCAGCGAUUCGAACAGUAAUUCAGAUUCAUAUGUGUGAAGAAGAGGAGGGAGAUGUCCUGCUUUUCCUCACAGGUCAAGAGGAAAUUGAUGAAGCCUGUAAGCGGAUAAAACGCGAAAUUGAUGAUCUAGGCCCUGAAGUUGGAGAUAUCAAAAUCAUUCCACUUUAUUCCACACUGCCACCCCAACAACAGCAGAGGAUAUUUGAGCCUCCACCUCCAAAAAAGCCAAACGGAGCCAUAGGAAGAAAGGUUGUCGUGUCCACAAAUAUUGCUGAAACUUCACUCACUAUUGACGGUGUUGUGUUUGUGAUAGAUCCUGGUUUUGCUAAACAGAAGGUAUACAACCCACGUAUCAGAGUUGAAUCGUUAUUGGUGACUGCUAUCAGCAAAGCAUCUGCCCAGCAAAGAGCUGGUCGUGCUGGUCGUACUAGACCAGGAAAGUGCUUUAGACUCUAUACUGAAAAGGCCUAUAAAACUGAAAUGCAGGACAAUACUUAUCCUGAAAUUUUGAGGUCUAACCUGGGUUCUGUAGUUCUUCAACUGAAGAAACUUGGCAUUGAUGACUUGGUACAUUUUGACUUCAUGGAUCCACCAGCUCCUGAGACACUGAUGAGGGCCUUGGAGCUUUUGAAUUAUCUCGCUGCACUGAAUGAUGAUGGAGACCUGACGGAACUUGGGUCCAUGAUGGCAGAAUUCCCAUUAGACCCACAGUUGGCCAAGAUGGUUAUUGCCAGCUGUGAACACAACUGUUCAAAUGAGAUUCUCUCCAUCACUGCAAUGUUGUCAGUCCCACAGUGUUUUGUUCGCCCAACGGAAGCUAAGAAAGCAGCCGACGAAGCCAAGAUGCGGUUCGCACAUAUAGAUGGAGAUCACCUGACCCUGCUCAACGUUUACCAUGCAUUCAAGCAGAACCAUGAGUCGGUUCAGUGGUGCUAUGACAACUUUAUUAACUACAGAUCCUUGAUGUCUGCUGACAAUGUACGUCAACAGCUGUCACGAAUCAUGGACCGAUUCAACUUGCCUCGGAGGAGUACAGAAUUCACAAGUCGAGACUAUUACAUAAACAUUAGAAAGGCGCUGGUUUCUGGCUACUUUAUGCAGGUGGCUCACUUGGAACGCACAGGCCACUAUUUGACGGUGAAAGAUAACCAGGUUGUGCAGCUUCAUCCCUCUACUGUCCUGGACCAUAAACCCGAGUGGGUGCUCUACAAUGAAUUUGUACUUACCACUAAAAAUUACAUCCGCACCUGUACAGACAUCAAACCUGAAUGGUUAGUGAAGAUCGCUCCUCAAUACUAUGAAAUGGGCAACUUUCCCCAGUGCGAGGCCAAAAGACAACUGGAACGCAUUAUUGGCAAACUUCAGUCCAAGGAAUAUUCUCAAUACUGAAGUAAUUCUUAAGUAGGAGGCCAGACAAAUGCAGAUUUCAUAUUGAAGAAGUAUGGACUUCAGAUUCUGCCCAAUAUAACAAAUUUAAUUUGUCUAUUAAGGAAAACCUAUGGAUGUUUUCUUUCAAAUGGCUGGACAAUUCCUCACUUUAUUUUUUAAAAAACCUUGUUUAUGACAGGUUGUGUAACACUGUGUUGAGCAACAUAGUAUGUUGCUAGUGUUAUGUGGCUUUUUUUAUUGUUAUGUUGACUUUUGUCACAAACCCUGUUGGGUUUUAUGGGGCUGGGGUGGGCAAAGGUUUCAGAAUAAUGCUGUAACUGUUAAUUUUUAAAGAGUUUCAUCAUUAUUACAAUCCUGUCUGAAUUUCUUGUAGUGAUUCAGAGUUGGCAAUUAAAGUAUGUAUUUCUCAACCACAUACUGCAUGAUCCUGCCCAUGUUGACAUUCUUACUAGAAAGUUGUAGAGAUUCAAAGAACUUGGAAAAUUUAUAUGUAGGCGCCUCUGAAUUUUCCCAACACCAAUUUUUGACUUAAAUAAAGGUAUAGUGACAAGUUAA